UUGUCGGUGCUGCCUCUGUCUGCAGGUUUUGAAGCCAUUUCAUAGUCCUCUGUUUCUCCGUGUCAACAGAUUUGUACCGUGGUUGCUGUCGAAGUCGUAAUUGUAUGAGAAUGCUUUUUUAGGUGAACCAAUCUGCCGAUCGUUCGCAUGAACAUUCAACUUGCGUCAAGGAGCUGCAUUUGAUAGUCUUCUGUUUCUCCGUGUCAACAGAUUUGUACCGUGGUUGUUGUUGAAGUCGUACUUGUAUGGGAAUGCUUUUUCAGGUGAACGAAUUUGCCGAGCGUUCGCAUGAACAUGCAACUUGCUUCAAUGAGCUGCUGAUCGUUAAUGGAAGGGUGAAUGUGAUGACAGAUUAGUGGCUGCGUUAUUCAGCCGUUACUUAUGCUGUCUGGACCCCAUUUUCAUGAAGCCGUUCGGAGUGUACUGCACGCGUUGUUCCUCGUCUCGUGAUUUCGAUUCGUUAAUGAGCGGCUCGGUCACACUGUCAUAGCUUUAGAUUUCUGCACUCGGCGUCUCAGGUUGCGGCGUGAAAAUUGAACGGGUCAGUCGGUGAGUCUUGCUGGACUGUCGAGUACAGUUCUGGAUGUACUGUAGAGAUGAGAAUCCGGAAGUGAUGGAAAGUGGUGGAGUUUCCAAGAUUGAUGACAAUUCAGGUAUCAAGCUUUGUUCUGAAUUGAUUGAUCUUGUUAACAGUAAGAGAGCUCAACAGGGAUCGCCAUCUCGACGAUUACCGCUGGUAUUUCUUGAGGAACGUUAAGCGAAAGGAUCGGAAAGUUCCUGGCAGUAAUAGACAGUUGUGCUGGGAACGACUUUAGCCUGUACAUGGAAUUGCGAAAGGUACGAGUGGUGGGGCGAUUGACAGGACGGCUACUGGUGACCCAAAACGGCCUUGUCCCGCAUGCAUGUAUGUAGAUCGAUGAGCUGUCUUGACAACUAGAAGAUAAACACAAAUAUGCAUGCUUGCCGUGCAGCUCGUGAUUGUGGAGUUAUGUUCUGAGGGAUUUUAGACUCAGGAAAGUGGAAAGCCUGAAGUAGGGUCGUGCUUGGAACUGACACGAUCACUGUAUUCAUGGAGUUAAAACAUAUGUGAGAUGCAGAGUUUACAGUACGAGUAUUUGGGAGAAGGCAGAUUCCAACGAAAGAAGCUUCAUUAAUUAGCAUCUUGCAAGUGUAGUAAUGUAGCAUGAGCACAAUAAACGAAGACCUUCGACGGACACGGUUCUCUCCAACCUUUGUCUCUGU